AUGAAAAUGGACAGGACAAAGUAUGCACCAGUGUCUUUGACAAUUGAUGAUAGUUGUCCCGAAAAUCUUCAAGACAAAGUAACAAAUAAAAUUCGUAAAUUUUAUUUUGGCGAUGAGGAUAUUACUCGAUCAACAAAAACAGAGUUAAUAAAUAUGUAUUCCGAUGCAUGGUUUAAUGUUGGAACUUGUGAAUCAGUUAAAACUCAUUAUAAAAAAUUUUCAAGUCCAGUAUAUUUUUAUCAUUUUGCAUACAGAGGAAGAUACUCUGUCUCAAAUGUAUAUGAUAUUUUUGGAGAAUAUGGAGUUAGUCAUGCAGAUGAACUUCAAUAUUUAUUUUCAUUUAAUAUAAGAUUUUUUUUUGAUCUUAUAAAACUUCCUGUAGCCACUGAAGAUUUAAAUGUUGCUCAUUUUAUGACAAAUUUGUGGUAUAACUUUGCAAAAACUGGAAAUCCUACACCAGAAAUAACAGAAAAAAUACCAGUUAAAUGGCUACCAGUACAAAGUGAAGAACUUGAAUAUUUUGAUAUUAAAAGUUCAACAAGUUUCGAAAUGUUAAAAAAUUUUCAAAGUGAUAGAAUUGCAUUUUGGAAUAGCAUUCCUCAUCGUGCAAAUAUUGUUCCAUUUUUAAAUGAUGCCAAAGAUGAAUUGUAAUAUUUUUAAUUAUAAAAGACAUGUAACAUGCCAACAAUAAUUAAAAUAAAUAAAUAAAUAAAUAAAAAAUAUGUUUUGAAUAAAUUAAUGUAAUUUUUUUUUUUUUUUUGUUAUGUAAUAUUUGAAUCAAUCUAUAAUUUGUUUUUCUCACUAUAUAAUUAAAAAUAAUUUGAAUAAAUAAA